AACUAGCUAUCUAGCUAUAACGUUCCAUCUGAAAAAUGUCAAAAUUGUAUGAACAUGCAUGUUGACAAACGAAGCUAUAACGACGUUAUAAACAUCUGUCAAGGCUCAAGUCUUGAAUAUGUUGGGUUGCGUUACAUUAUUGCGUCACGAAAGCCAUCAGCUGGGGAAUAUAUUACACUCGAUUUCUCGAGUUACUGUGGCUUUGUCAUAGGAGCUUGCGCCAUUCUCCUUGGAGACGGCAUCGCAGAAAUGUGGGUAGCUUGCUAAAAAAUACAGUGUUAGGGCCUAUGAGGGGGGCAAUCUUGGCAACAUCACUUGGCACGGUCACUACCGAAGAAGUCUCCCGAAACGGAAGACGUGACAGGAUGAACAACAUCAACAAAAGCAGACCCUCCAGCUCCGCCAGUUUCUCCUCUACAUCAACAGCAAGUGCCCUUGAUGAUGAAAGCACCAGCCUCAGGCAGCAGAAGCUGGAAAAGCAGAGGGCGCUGUUGGAGCAGAAGCAGCGGCGGAAGCGGCAGGAGCCUCUGAUGGUGCAGCCCAACCCAGAGGCCCGGCCCAGGCGCUCCAAGCCUCGGCGCAGUGAGGAGCAGGCCCCGCUGGUGGAGUCACGCCUCGGCAUCAUCAGCGAUGUCAUCAUGGAUGGUAUCGACGGCCCUGCUGCCUUCAUGGGCUCUGAGGCCCCAGACCUGGGUACCAAGAUCCAGAUUCUGUCGGUGAGCAAGUCCCAGCCCCUGUCCCUGUCCCAGCCGCUGCACCAGUCUCCCCUCGCCGAGGAGCCUGACCGGGACGGGGACACGGAGACUCUGCUGGAGCCCAAGAUGGACAUUCACGAGCUGCUGCAGAAACGAGAGGCGUGGGACAUCUCUCUCAGCCCCUCCCCCUCUCUGAUUGACCCCGCCAACGGCAGGGUGGUCCAGUUGGUUGGUGCAGUGGAGGAGGGCCCAGAGGAGGGGCCGGAGGAGGGGCCAGAGCGCCCACUGUCUGCCAGGGAGAAACUACUCCAGUCAGGUCUGUCAGGCAGUAUGAACUACGAAGAGGCCAGUGAGGAUGAGGAACACGGUGAUGAAGACCGACCACGCUCGCUGUCCCCCAACCCAGAGUCAACACGGCCUGCGUCUGCCUCCAGCGCAAAGUCCAACACAGAGUGCGUGACACCGGGGUCGCCCACGGCGGAGAGCGCCCUGAUCGAAGUGGACAACCUGGAGGAGUUUGUGGUGCGUCCCGCCCUCCGCGGCGUCACCGUCAAGUGCCGCAUAUCCCGGGACAAGAAGGGAAUGGACCGCGGCCUGUAUCCCACCUACUUUAUGCACAUGGAGAGAGAGGACGGCAGGAAGCUGUUUCUUCUGGCUGGGAGGAAGAGGAAAAAGAGCAAGACGUCCAACUACCUGAUCUCAGUGGACGCCACGGACCUGUCACGCGAGGGAGAGAGCUUCAUGGGGAAACUGAGGUCUAACCUGAUGGGGACCAAGUUCACGGUGUAUGACCAGGGCACCAACCCCUGUAAGAACCCUGGAGCUUUGCUGGAGGAGAGCAACACACGACAGGAACUCGCAGCCAUCUGCUAUGAGACCAACGUUCUGGGGUUCAAAGGUCCCCGCAAGAUGACCGUCAUCAUCCCAGGCAUGAACAUGAACUUUGAGAGGGUUCCUGUCCGUCCAAACUGUGAGCAGGACAGCCUUCUAAGUAAGUGGCAGAACCAUUCACUGGAGAACCUGAUCGAGCUGCACAACAAGGCCCCUGUGUGGAAUGACGACACCCAGUCCUACGUGCUCAAUUUCCACGGCCGCGUCACACAGGCCUCCGUCAAGAACUUUCAGAUCGUCCACGACAACAAUCCGGACUACAUCGUAAUGCAGUUUGGCAGAGUGGCCGAGGACGUAUUCACCUUAGACUACAACUACCCCAUGUGUGCCCUGCAAGCCUUUGCCAUUGGCCUGUCCAGUUUCGACAGCAAACUGGCCUGCGAGUGACCAACCCCAUCACGACUCCUAACUCGCCAUUCCCUCCAUGGCCUUUUCAACCCCCCCCCUCCAGGACAAUGCCAACUCCACAACACUGCCCCUCCACCUCCCCCUCACAGGAUUCAGCGCCUUCCUUGUACAGAUCACCAACAGUCUGCCACUAUGAAAAUAAUCAUGAAUUAAGACCUCUCACCCGUACGUGGUACAUCCAAUCAUGGCACACGAAUCACGCUGACUUGGAGAGCGGAUGAAGAGAGUGGGUGUGUGAAAGAGAGGACUAAAGCAAGUAGAUUUGGGUGGAGGAUAUAGGAUUUUCCUUAUCGGCAGAAAAAUGAAAUUACCGUCCGCAAAGGGAAACUGGUCAUAAAUCAUUAAGGCGCCUUUGUUUUCAUUUGUAUUUAUCUGUAGUUCUGUUUCAUUGAGUUUGUAUUGCUUUUUGUUGCUUUAGCUGUUGUAUAUUGGUGAUUUUAUGUGUAUUGAAAUUGGUUGAAAGGGAAAAAUGACACCAAGCAUCAUAGACCAAACUGUCGUGGGCACUCCCUGUUAGGGACAGGACUUCUAACACAGACUAGACCAGGUCACAAGAGAUGGUGUCUUUGAUUUAUAUCAGAUUGGAAUGUUUUAUAGGCCUCAAAACAUGUCUGAUGAACUUAUGAGUUUGUUCGUUUUUAGCAGAUGUUUUUAAAGUUGCCUUUAAUGUUGAUUCUAAGUGUUAUUUUACUACCAUUUUACAUUCUGUUGCCUUCCACAAUCACUGUUGUGCGAUUCUUUUGACGAACUCUGGAAACUUUAUGGUCUAUAUCCUAAAAUUCACCUCACUGUUUUCAAAUGGUCACGUGGCUUUUGGUUUCCAGCCAUUUUGCAUAAUCAAGAUGUUCAAUAAUUCUAACGUUAAUAUAAAAGGGUUGAAAUAGUUUUUCUUCCUCUUGAAGAUUAAUUUCUCGUAAUCACAUUUAUUUGCCUGCAUAUCAGAAAGUCUUGAAGUCAUGCCUGUCCAUCCAAUGUGUCCUCAUCUGUUUCCUUGUUUUAAAAAAACACGUUAGUAAAAGUAUCUCAGUAGCAUUCUGAGGACUUUGGAACGGAACAUUUCUUACUGCAAUUCCUUUGUACAUGUCAUUUUGUGAUGUCUUAGCCCCAUGUCAAGUUAAAAGCACACGGGAAAGUCAAUAGAGUUGCCCAGCAAGCACGAUUAAAGGAUUUCAUUAUAGUUUUAUAUAAGAUAUAUCUUAAUGUUUGGACAUACUGCUCAUUUUCAAAUAUCAUGAAAUGUCAGUCUAAAUGUAAUUUCAAUGUGUGGAAUACAUAAGUUGGAAUCCAAACAAUAGAGCCUGGAAUCCAAACAAUAGAGGAAUAUUCCGUUUGGAUUCCAAGUGACAACGGUCAUCCUGUACUCAGUCUACAUUAUAUGCCAAACUUAUCUACCCAUGUAAAAUGACACCAGAUUGAAUAAUAACACUACAUUUUAUAUGUACUGUAGCUGGAAGUGUUACUCUGUUCAGCAGACUACACUUGUACUGUACCAUGAGGUCAUUGAGAACCCACUGGGCAAGAACUGGUUGAAUCCACGAUGUUUCUACGUCAUUUCAACCCCAACAUUUGAGGUGAUGACUUUGAAUCAACGCGGAACACUGAUUGGAUUUGCAAAAAUUAUUAUUUUUUAACCUAACUUUUAAAUCCAAUGACUGGGUCGAAUGUUUUGUUGAUUUCACGUUGAAUUCACGACUCAACCAAAUGUAAAUCAAAACUAGAUGUUGAACUGAUGUCUGUGCCCAGUGGGAAAUUACUUUUGGGGUGAUAUUUAAGGUGCAAAAUAGUUCAAAUAUGUGCAAAAAUAUAUUAAAAGGUGACAAGUAAUUUAAGUAGAGUUUUUAGUACACUGAAAAAUGCAUAAAUAGUGGCCUUUUUACAACGCUCGUUGAUGAAGAAAAGUUUAAAAUUACAUCACAAUGCCAGAUUAUUACUUUUACAGUUUUUUUUGCACAGGUUUGAACUAUUUUGCACCAUGAAAAAGUCACCCUUGAUUAAAGUUUCAGCUGGAUGGAUGUGCUAUAGAAA